AUGCACUUGGUGCCAGCCCAGCAUUGUUCUCCCUCCCACCCCACCACCCGCCUCACAGGCACCAUCACCAUGGGAACCGAGCCAGCCAAUCAGAACACUCCCUUCAAGGGGAGCCUUAUAAAUUGAGCCUCCUCUGCCCAGACACACCACAUCCAACACUGAGAGGCGUCCAAACCCCUCCCCCUGGAGAAGCCAAGUCAGCCGCCCCCUGCUUCCCUCCAGGGUAGACAAGGGGAGUCUCCUGCCUGGAAUGCUCACGGCCAAGGUCCAGGCCUACAGCCACCCAGCUUAGAGCCCCCUUCCCCCGCAAGGCCAUGCAAUGACACCGGAGCCACCCAGGGGCCCCUGAGAGAUUCUGGUGGUGACCUGGGGAAUACCUGGAGCCGCGAGAGCAACGUGCCGCCGAGCCUGCAGCACUCCAGCCUGGAGAGAUGCAGUGACAUCAGUCGGUUGAGCAGCGGGUACGCGGGGGAUGAGGAGAGCAGCGAGGUCAGCUUGCUGGGAGGCAGCAGUCGAAUCGUGCGGUUGAACAGAAGCCUCCGCACCCAGGCAGGCGGCGCCCAGACCAGCCAGGUUUGCGCCACCUACUCUCCCAACCAGCUGAAGAGCCGGCUGGCCAGCCAAGCUGACAGCACCGUGCAGACUGCAAGGGAAAAGUGA